CAGUCAAAGAAAACAAAGCUGGUAAAUAUGAAUUUAUGAGCUAUAAACGACUUUUAUUAGUAAGUAAUUUGUGGAUAAAUUCGGGGUGGGUCUUUGUGAGGGCAGAAAGAACUGAAAUCCAACCGAACAUGAAGCCGAGCCUUUCACUAUCCUGACACUAACGGUUCAACUGAGCCAUUGGGUCUGCUUUGGUGCACCUGGACUGGAGAAGCGAAGCAACUUGUGAGCGGGGUUCGAGUCCCGCUCACAGCCUGAUUUUGAGUCCACCUGAGGGUCGCUCGGAAGCGUCGGACCUGCGAGCACAGCUCGUCCUGUUUCAUCCCCUGACACCCCUCAGAUCACACCCCCCUUCGAUCUACCAUGAGCUCCCGGGUGUGCAAGACAUGUGGAGGGGGCGACAUAGAUGUGGACCAGGCUCGGGGCAGCGCAGUGUGCACCAGCUGUGGUUCUGUUCUGGAGGACAACAUCAUCGUCUCAGAAGUCCAGUUUGUGGAGGGCAGUGGGGGCGUGUCUUCUGCAGUGGGACAGUUUGUGUCUUCUGAUGGUCCGGUCAAAGCUCCCUUGCUUGGUUCUGGCUUCCACACCAGCGUCGGGAAGGAGUCGCGUGCUCAGACCCUGCAGAAUGGUAAGCGGCAGAUCCACAAGCUCGGCAGCCAGCUUCAGCUCAACCAGCACUGCCUGGACACGGCCUUCAACUUUUUCAAGCUGGCGGUCAGCAAGCAUCUGACACGAGGACGCAAGACGGAGCACGUCAUUGCAGCAUGCCUCUACCUGGUGUGUCGCACGGAGGGGACGCCUCACAUGCUGCUGGACCUAAGCGACCUGCUGCAGGUGAAUGUUUACAUCCUGGGAAAGACGUUUCUGCUGCUGGCUCGAGAGCUCUGUAUCAACGCGCCCGCCAUCGACCCUUGCCUGUACAUCCCUCGCUUCGCUCACCUGCUGGAGUUUGGGUUGAAGACUCACGAGGUUUCCAUGACAGCUCUUCGUCUCCUUCAGAGGAUGAAAAGAGACUGGAUGCACACAGGCCGGCGUCCUUCUGGACUCUGUGGAGCAGCGCUCCUGGUGGCAGCUCGAAUGCACAAGUUCCGGCGUUCAGUGAAGGAUGUGAUCAGUGUGGUGAAGGUCUGCCACACCACCUUGAGGAAGAGACUGACAGAGUUUGAGGACACACCCACAAGUCAGCUGACAAUUGAUGAGUUCAUGCGGGUGGAUCUGGAGCAGGAGUGUGACCCCCCCUCCUUCACUGCUGGACAGCACAAAGCAAAGAUGCAACAGCUUGAGCAGGAGCUGACCAAGAAGCUGGAUGAGGUAGAAGGAGAAAUCAGCUGCUACAAAGAUGAGAUUGAGAACGAGCUGGAGAAAAGCCGUCCCAAACUUAGAGGAAUCUAUGCUGCCUAUUCCAAAGAAAUCGCUCCUGAGAACGAAGAUGCGCUCUCGUCGACCUCCGAGGAGGCAGAAGGGGAAGACACUGAGCUCCAGGCAGCCACUGAGCACCUGGCUCAGGACUUCCUGUCCCAGGUAAUCCAGGAGGUGAAUGAGAGGCAAGGCGAGACACAAGGUUCCUGCACCCCGGAGGUCGAAUCAGAGGACACCCACCUCUCCACCGUCCGAGAAGCACUGCUGAACACUGCCAGCCUGUGCCUCCUGGAAACCUUUCACACCUCGGAGAAGUCAGAGAUGGAGAAAAAUGCAGACAGCUACAUGGAGACAAGCGGAGAGCUGGACCUGGAAGGCAUUGAUGAUCAGGAGAUUGAAAAGUACAUCCUGGACGAGAAGGAGGUGGAAGUGAAGACGGGGUUGUGGAUGAAACAGAACGCUGAGUACCUGCAGGAGCAGAAAGAGAAAGAGGAAAGGAUCAACAAGGAGAAGGAGCAGGGUACCUACAAAGAGAAGAAGAAGAAGAAAUACAGGAAGCGGGAGCAGAUUGAGGCACUGACUGCAGGGGAAGCUAUUGAGAAAAUGCUGGAGAAGAAAAAAAUCUCCAGCAAGAUCAACUACGAUGUUCUUAGAGACUUGAACACUGGGGCUGGGAGUCCCAGCGCUUCGUCCCCCGAGCCGCCCAAAUCCUCUUCUGCUCCGAAACGACUUAAUCGCCGCCGCCGCAGGAAGACCAGUGAAGCCAGCCAAGACAUGGCUGUUAACGCCUCCAUCAUGGGGAAAAGGUUUCGACACCUAAUAUCCACAACACCACCGAAGAAGAAGAAGAAGACACCUGCCCAGGUUGAACAAACGGUCACCAUAGCAACACAGUCAACCGAGCCACUAGAUAGCAUUCCAGACGUCCCAUCAGCUGCUCCACCUCCAGCAGAGGAGGAGGAAGAAGAGGAGGAAGAGGAGGAGGCAGAGAAAGAGUGUGUCAGUGCCCUGCAGCUUGUAGGAGAUUACGGCUGUGAGGCAGAGGAGGAAGAUGGGUUUUAGCCCCAAACCCAAUCUGUGGUAGGAAUAAUCUCCGUCCAGGCUGAGGAUGCAGCAGGGGUCAAAGUUGAUGAGCUCAAAUAUUUUUUAUGUUGUCGGGCCAACUCGUUUUAACCUGAUUUUUUUCUGAAUGAAGCUAUUCUUUCAUGUUGUAAACUUGAGUGUUUGAAUGUAAAUUUAAAACAUAAAUGUACACAGUGUUUUUAGAACCCAGUCCUUCAUAAAGCAGAGUUGAAGUUGUUUUCAUCAGACUCUGAGCUGUGUCUGAGUAGAGGGGUUGCUGGUUGCAAUACUUCUGAUAUAUUGAAAAAGAAAGUACAGAUGAAAAAAAAUCAUGAUAGAAAAAAUAAAUGUACAGUCAGAAGCAAAUUGAAA